UCAGAACUGUCACCGUGGGACGGCUGAGUUCAUAACUGGUACGACAGCGAACACUUUUGAACAUCCAGGAAGACUUCCUGUUGCACAGUAUCUUUUGCAUAUACGUACAGGACGAGAGACCAAAAGCAGCUGGACUAUCCAUGGGCAUACCUGCAAAACUGAGCACCAGUUUGUAAAUCCCGCAGGCACUCGUGUUCAAAUUGUCGACCGGUGUCCGAGCUGCCAGCCGAGAGAGAUUUAGAGGAGCGACAACCAUGUAUGCUCCGAAGAAGCAGGCAUCUACAACACACGGCUUCGGCCCCGGUGUUUCUAUUAGCUUUUUUUCUUUCACACAGCCUUCCACUGCGAACAUACGUUGUUUCCACGUAAGCUUCUGAUGCUUGUGAAAGCGGAUUCUGGAUUUUCAGACUUAAUAAAACGAACAGCAACGACCUAACCGUAGAAGUGUAAAUCCAUAUUUUGGGGAGAAAAUGAUUUCGCGAAAACAUAUAUAUCGCUUUUGAAAUGGACACAAAUCAGCGUCUGUGGCGACAAGGAAAGCGGACUCAUCGCACAGUGAUGGAAUUCAAGACCUCAAAAUUAGAAGGGUGUUUCUUUCUUUACUACACUCGUCCUGUUUCGGGACCAGUUCAGGAAGGUGUUUUCUUGGACGAAGAUCCGGUUUUAAUGCCAUCGGUGCAGCUGCUUUCGCGGCCUCAAACUAUUUGUCUUGGAAAAUGAUAUAUGUUGACGUCUCAACACGUUGUUAAGAAGCCGUGCUUGUUAGCAAAUCAUAAGUAAGACGCGCGCACGAGAUGUCUGUGUCGCCAGAUCAUUCUCAUUGGUGGUAGUCACUCCUGCAGUCAUGCCACACACGACAGCGCCACGCUGGAAUAAGAAUAAUUACCAUGCGUCGCCUGAUUAGCCAUUCGUUCUUCAGGUUUCUUUGUUCUCUAGCCAUCGCUUCAUUUUUGAUGUUAGACAUCACUUGCCAAGCAGUUUUUGAUCACUGCCAGAAGUAUUGCGUAGUGAGCGUAGGUAAGCAACAGUGUCGAUCGCAAGCGGGAUGGUGCAGAUUCCGUGAGCUUCGAACAUUGACUGAUCAACUUAAACAGCGGAGGUGGCACUGCUGGCGUUAAAACGACUGUAAGAGGGAAGAAUAUUUCGCUGGCUGCAUCUGGCGUCCGUGCUCGACUUUCCUGAACCCCGUCGUCGGCGCACGUGCGUUAGUGCCCCGGCUAGUCAAACACACAUUGAGCAUGAUUCCUGGCACCAAUCCAUAAUCACUUCUGUCAUUCUCCUCCUAUUCUCUUUUUACCAGCUCCAUUUCUGGAAAAGCUCUGUCAGAAUUCGACGAGCACGUUUCUAUCAUCAUACAUUAGGCAAAGAUGAAGUUUGGAGCUGUUUCUGUCGCUGUCUUUCUGGCAGUGAGCAGUGGGGCGGAGGCCGGACCUGGAAAAAAAGGGGGCUACACGACGACAAGCACUUCAAAGCCCAACCCUCUGAACGUUGAACGAGAGUGCUUCAAGGUUCCUUACAGCGUGGAGAAGACAUGCUACAAGGACGAAAAAGUUUCUCGCCCGUACACAUGCCCCUCUCCACUUGAAGAAGAGGUGUGCCAUACCAUCAGCGAGGAGGCGCCUGAUACCUGUUACAAGCUAGUCCAAAAAGAAGUCCAGUAUGAAUGCCCGAAGGCGACGAAGCAGCAGUUGUGCUCGACCAUCCCCGUGACCCUGAACAAGAACUGUAAGAAGUCGGUGACUGAGAAGGUUGCCGGAUCAUGCCCAAAAAUCAUCAACGUGCCCCAAUGCGAGAUUAUAUCUAAACCAAGCCAAGACUCUUGCUUUGAACCUGAAGCCUUUGAGCAGGAGUAUGAGUGCUGGGGGUCCGAGACUCACCGAGAAUGCGAGGUGGAGAUGCGGCUGGUGAACGACAUGUGUAACAGAACAAUCGACUCGCCCGUGCCGUACGAAUACGAAGAUACGAUCCUGGAGAAAGUUUGCACGACGAAGCUGCACCAGAAGGUCGGGGAAUGCCGGAAGAGCAUCGAAACUGAAGAGCAGUAUUCUUGCCCCGAGACAAAAUGGGAGAAGCGAUGCUUCGAGACGUCCAAGCUGGUCCAGGCGCCUUGUGAGAAGCAAAUUGUUGCAGAGGAAGCUUACGACUGCAGUGAAACGAAGCACGAAUCGGUCCAGAAAACUUGCAGUCGACGUAUCCCUAAGAAGACAAUGGUAGAACGGUGCGCCCCAAGCAAGAAGGAACAUUCGAAGAAGCUGAGACGGUUGGGACCUGCGAAAAAGGGUGGCAACUGUCAGUUGGUCGAGGUCCUCUCUGAGGAGAUUGAGACGUACCCGUGCGACGAAGAAGUUCUCGUGGCAGUGCCCAAAGUCUGCACCCGUCAAAUAAGCAAGUCUGUGACAGAGAUGUGCCCGAAACAAGUUCCGGAUUCAGAGUGUACCAUGGAGUCAAUUGUAAUUCCAAAGUUAUGCUCCAGAAAGGUGUCCCAGCAGAUCGAUGUCCCUUGCGAGGCACAGACCCAAGAAGAAGUGUGCGAAGAUGUGCCCAGAAAAGUCACGAAGCAAGGCUAUCGUUUCGAAAAGAAAAACGAGACCUUUGCAUGCCAGCGACACGAAUUUGAGGAAAAGUGCUAUGAAGUGAAGAAGCCGAAGAGAGAUACCUGCGUGGCGACCUUGUUCAGGACAGUCGAGAAGCCGUGCACCCGACAAGAGUUCCAGGAGGUAUGCCGUGAUGAACAACAACUUACAAUGCAGCCAUGCCUAGAAGAGAAGAAGCAUCAAAUUGAGGUGCCUUGCCCUGAGCAGACGACUCAGGAGAAGUGCAUCUACGUUCCUGUGUAUGAGAUGGGCACCUGCACAACAGUCAUCCAAGAAGUCGAACAAGGUCCUUGCAAGAAGCAGCAGCCGGCAAUUCGUUGUGAAACUUUGAAAUCGGAUCGUGCUGGAACCUGCUUCAGGUCUGACAGUAUCCAGGUUCCGUACACGUGCUACGAAACCGCGUAUGAAGAGAAGUGUGUCGAGCUUCCAGUGACCGGCGCCCCUCCUCCCCCUCCCGGAAAGAAACUCUAAAUGCCAGACAAGUGCCGGCAGUAGGCUAAAUGAAAUUCCGAUCUUUCGCGUUUUUUUUAUCUCCUUGCGCCCAUCAUUUAGUGAAUGUAUGUGAUAUAAACAUGCUGAACGAAUGACAGAACCCUUCGUUGACUGAUUGAAUCCAUUGUCAAAAGCAUCCUCGCUGUAUACAGGCAAAGCAACUGUACUUCAAGCUCUAAAUCUCAGUAUGGUACCGGUGUUCGUGUUUGUCUUGAAGCUGUAGUCAAUCACAGUGUUGAUUUGGUAUAAACAUAGGACGCCAACCAGUGGAAGGACUGAUUGUAAUAAGGGUCCCAGAUGGCCAAGUUAUUCCUGUAGAGAAAACGGGUCUUUCACUUUCGUUU